AUGGCGGAAGAAGCCAAGAAACUCUGGAAGGACGAAAUUGCGUCCAACAGCGACGUGAAAGCCGUCGUAUUCUCGUCCGCGAAACCCGACAUGUUCAUUGCCGGCGCCGAUAUCUUUGACAUUAAAGCCGUCGAGAAUAAGCAGGACCUGAUUCCCUUUAUCGCCGACGGUGUGAAAUUCUUUCAAGACAUGCGAGGCAAGGGUGUCCCUCUCGUGGCCGCCAUCGACGGACCCGCCCUCGGUGGUGGUCUGGAAUGGGCGCUCUGGUGCGACUACCGUAUUUGCACGGACAGUUCCAAGACCAAAAUGGGACUUCCCGAAGUAAAGCUCGGGCUUUUGCCCGGUUUCGGCGGCACGCAGAACUUGCAUCCCGUCGUGGGCUUGCAAAACGCCAUGGAUAUGAUGUUGACGGGGAAGGAUAUACGUCCGCACCAGGCCAAAAAAAUGGGCUUGGUGGACCUGGUUGUGGCGCAGGCCUCCUUGGAACGUGUCGCGAUUGAUUCGGCGGCUGCUCUGGCCAACGGAUCGCUCAAAGCCAAGCGCAAAUCCAAAUCUAUGUUUAACAAGAUCCUCGAAGACAACUCGAUCGGGCGCAACGUCAUUUGGAACCAAAUUGACAAAAUGGUGCAAAAGAACACCAACGGCAAGUACCCGGCACCCUACGCCAUUAUCGAUUGCGUCAAAUUCGGUUUAGACAAUCCCUCACAAAAGUACCAGCAUGAACGUGAGGAAUUCGCUAAACUCGCCGCGACGCCGGAAUCGGAAGCACUUAUUGGUAUUUUCGACGGCAUGACGCAGAUGAAAAAGCACUCGUUCGGUGCUGAUGCCGCCAUUCCGGUCAAGACCGUGGCUGUCAUGGGUGCGGGGUUGAUGGGAGCCGGGAUUGCCCAAGUAACGGCAGAAAAGGGGAUCAAAGUCCUACUCAAAGACCGCAACGACGAAGCAGUCGGUCGGGGUCAAUCCUACAUGACGGAGAAUUGGAGCAAAAAGCUCAAACGCAAGCGCAUGACACAGUAUCAGUACAACCUGAAUACUUCCAACGUCACUGCACUCACCGAUGAUAGUCCGACUUGGCAACGUCAUUUCGGAAAUGCUGACAUGGUGAUUGAAGCCGUGUUCGAAGAUUUGGAUCUCAAACGCAAGAUUGUCGCCAACGUCGAAUCCGUCACCAAGGAUCACUGUAUUUUUGCCACCAAUACAUCCGCCAUUCCUAUCGCCGAUAUUGCGCAGGGCGCUUCGCGUCCGGAAAACAUCAUCGGUAUGCACUACUUCUCACCGGUACCAUCCAUGCCCUUACUCGAGAUUAUUCCACAUACCGGUACGAGUGAUACCGCUACGGCGACCGCUUUCGAAAUUGGUUCAAAGCAAGGCAAAACCUGCAUUGUGGUCAAGGAUGUCCCCGGCUUUUACGUGAAUCGCUGUUUGGGUCCGUAUUUGGUCGAAGUGUCGGCGCUCGUUCGGGACGGUGUACCGCUCGAGGCACUCGAUAAGUCGCUCAAGAAUUUCGGCAUGCCGGUGGGCCCCAUAACACUAGCCGACGAAGUCGGUAUUGACGUGAGUUCGCACGUGGCCAAGUUCUUGUCCAAUGCCGACCUGGGAGUACGCAUGGAGGGUGGUGACGUCUCUCUGAUGGAGCAAAUGAUUGGCAAAGGAUGGCUGGGCAAAAAGUCUGGUCAAGGGUUCUACACCUACAAAGGCAAGAAAAAGACCAUCAACGAGGAAGUACAAAAGUACGUCAAGGACUUUGCCACACGCGACUUGAAAUUAGACGAGAAGGAAAUCCAAGAUCGCAUCGUGAGUCGCUUUGUGAACGAAGCGGCCAAAUGCUUGGAAGACGAGAUCAUUGAAAAUCCUGUCGUUGGUGACAUUGGUCUGGUGUUCGGUACAGGCUUUGCCCCCUUCCGGGGUGGUCCGUUCCGGUACCUAGAUCAGGUCGGCGUCGCAUCGUACGUAGAUCGCAUGAACACGUUCACCGACAAGUACGGUCCGCAAUUCGAACCGUGUCAACUACUGAAGGAUUAUGCCGCAACGGACAAAAAGUUUCACAAACGGUAG